AUGAGUGUAGAAAAGUCCUUUGCAGAGUUAUCCCAGCCAGACUGGGCUAGCUCAGGUACUGAGUACAUGAUAGCUGUAGCAGGAACAGGGCACAGAAGAGUUAAGUGUUGUCAUAUUCACCCAGGAUCUCAGAGCUGUGUAUGCAAAGGUAAAAGUCCCUGCUUUUGUGAUAGCAUGAAAGGUAAUAAGGGUGAAAAAGGCUUUCCUGGUGCUCCAGGUCCACCUGGUCAUAGAGGCUUUCCUGGUCCAGAAGGGCCUCCAGGGCCACAGGGACCAAAGGGUUCUCCAGGGCUUACAGGCUUAGUUGGACCCAAAGGUAUACGAGGAGUCCCAGGAAUACCUGGAUUUUCAGGUCCCCCAGGGCUUCCAGGUGAACCGGGAACUGUUGGUCCUCCUGGGCGCCCGGGUGUUCCAGGAUGCAACGGCACAAAGGGCGAUCAAGGUUUUCCAGGUCCUCCAGGUAGAAGAGGUGCUCCAGGCAUUCCAGGUAUUACUGGCAUCAAAGGAGAGAAGGGGUGCCCUGCAGAUGGAUAUAACCAAGGGUUUGGUGCAAAAGGUGAUCCUGGAUUACCAGGAAUGCCUGGACUUCAGGGUGCCCAGGGUGCUCAAGGAUAUCCUGGGGAACUUGGACCACAAGGCCCUCCAGGAGCUUCAGGCAUGCCAGGGAAAGCAGGACCUCCUGGACCUAAGGGUCUUAUGGGACUGAAAGUAAUAGGAACCAAAGGAAGAAAGGGUGACACUGGAUUAACUGGACCCCCUGGACCACCAGGAACUGUUAUUGUGACGUUAAGUGGACCAGACAACAUGACGGACUUGAAAGGAGAGAAAGGAGAAAAAGGAUCAAGAGGACUUCCAGGGCCAAUGGGGUUUACAGGGCCAGUUGGUGAUUCUCAGAGUGAAAAGGGUGACCGAGGAGAACCCGGAGCACAGGGUAAACCUGGAAAAGAAGGUGCCCCAGGUCCACCUGGCUUACCGGGACAAAAGGGUGAACAGGGCAAACCAGGACUGGCUGGCAGGCAAGGAGCUAAGGUAUUGUCUAAUGGUUUUGUUGUUGCUUAUGAGGAUGAGACAGAGUAUUAUGAUUAUGUGGUUGGUGAAAAAGGAGAUGAAGGACCCCCCGGACCUCCAGGACCAAAAGGUCAACGUGGCAUGCCUGGGCCACAGGGUCCUCCCGGAGAUGCUGGUAGACCAGGUGUGUCAAGACCUGGUCUGAGAGGUCCCCCAGGAUUUCCUGGGCCAAAAGGAACAAAAGGAGAGAAAGGACAAAGUGGCUUGUGUAUUGUAGGCCCUCCAGGACUACCUGGUAUUACUGGCAGGCCUGGUUCUGUUGGAUUACCAGGUCCUCCAGGAGAACCAGGUGGAGUAACGUUUAGAACAGGCCUACCAGGACUUCCUGGAGAGCCAGGGUGUACAGGACCUCCAGGACCUCCAGGAGAUACUGGCAUGAAAGGUGAUGAAGCUUGCGUGUGUACUGAUUGCAGCUAUAUUCCGGGAAUACCUGGUCUUCCUGGUUCUCCUGGGCCACAUGGCCAAGAUGGCAUGCCUGGUAGAGAAGGAACAACAGGUCCAAAAGGUUCUCCAGGUUCUCCAGGAGCACGGGGGUUUCCAGGAGCUCAAGGACCUCCAGGUUUUAGAGGAGAUCAAGGACAUAAAGGAUCAAAAGGUGAGCCAGGAUAUGUGUAUCCAGAAGGGCCAAAAGGUGAGCGAGGAGACCCAGGGGCCAGGGGAGACAAAGGAAGAAAAGGUUCAAGUGGAUUUCCGGGAAGACCUGGCUCUAAAGGGUACAAGGGUUCUAAAGGUGAAGAGGGAUUGGUUGGUUCAAAAGGAGAUAAAGGACUACCUGGAUUGCCCGGCAGUCUUGGUCUUCCUGGAGAGAUGGGGCUUCCUGGACUGCCAGGAUAUGGACCACAAGGAAUAAGAGGUUUCAAAGGCUCUAAAGGAAGACCUGGUCCACCUGGAUUACCUGGAGAAGCUGGUCUGAAAGGAGAGACCAGCAGGAUAACCCCAUUACCUGCGUUGCCAGGACCUCAAGGACCAGAUGGUUUACCUGGACCCCCAGGAGUGCCUGGUAGGGUUGGAGCAAGAGGUGAGCCAGGUGAUUCAGGACAUCCAGGGCCAACAGGUGACACAGGCUUUCCAGGGCUGGGAUUUCCUGGAAACCCAGGUCCAAAAGGAGAUAAAGGACUUGCAGGAGGCAGAGGGUCACCAGGUUGUGAAGGAAAGACCGGAGAUCCAGGCCGAGCUGGAAACCUAGGACAACCAGGAGAAAAGGGUGACCCAGGCAUGGUUAUUCCUGGAGAGCCAGGAGAUCGUGGCUCACCUGGAGUUCCUGGAGAUCCAGGUUUUCCGGGGAAACCUGCUGAAUGUCUUAUUGGCCUGCCAGGUUUGCCAGGUGGCCAGGGAGCUACAGGCCCACCAGGAGGAAGAGGUUUGCAAGGUUCAAAAGGAAAACUAGGUCGUCCUGGCUUGAGUAUCCCGGGAAUCUAUGGAAAGCCUGGGGAACCUGGAUUAAUAGGUCUUCAGGGAAAUACAGGAUUACCUGGUCCCAAGGGACAGUCUGGAAGGCCAGGAAUCUCUUGUGUACCAGGCUCAAGGGGAGAGCCAGGUAUAAUGGGCCUGUUAGGAAUUCCUGGACCCCCUGGCAUGAUUGGAAGACCAGGCAACCCAGGUGUCAGAGGUUCUUCUGGCUUCCCAGGACUAGAGGGAAGAAAAGGGUUUCUUGGAGCAAAAGGCGAACCAGGUGAUAAAGGUUUUCCUGGACCAUCUGAGACCUUGGUCAGUAUUGGGACUAAAGGAGAACUAGGCUUAAAAGGAGUUCAAGGAAGAAUGGGUCUAAGAGGAGAAAAAGGAGAUGCCGGUGUGCGAGGUCCCCCAGGUCUUGACGGGCCUGAAGGAGUACCUGGUCUACCAGGUGUCAAAGGAUUUAUGGGUCUUCCAGGGAUUCCUGGAGGACAAGGAUUCCCAGGUGCACCGGGAAACAAAGGGGACAUGGGAAUUCCAGGUCCAAAAGGACAGAAAGGAUCUCCAGGCUUUCCAGGACCAUCAGGUGACCCUGGUCCACCAGGCUAUGGUGGCUUUCCAGGUGACAAAGGAGACCGUGGGUACCCAUCUCCUGGGCCUCCAGGAGAACCUGGUCCAAAGGGAGAUCCAGGCCCCCCAGGAGUUUUGGGCAGCAAAGGAGAAAAAGGAUCCCGAGGUCAUCCAGGACAUAAAGGAGUACCAGGACCACAUGGGAUCAGAGGGGAGACUGGAGGUGCAGGAAUCCCAGGGAACAUUGGACCUCCUGGAGAUAUUGGUGCUAAAGGACAGCAGGGCCAUCCAGGACAACAGGGCAUUACAGGCCCUCCUGGUGCUGUUGGAGACCCGGGAAAAAAUGGACCUGCUGGUGAAAGAGGUAAUCAAGGUCAGGAUGGUAUGCCUGGUCCCCCAGGAGUAAAGGGAGAACCAGGAGCACCAGGGAGAGGAAUCCCUGGCCUUCGAGGUAUUCCUGGUCAUAGAGGAAUCAAAGGGGACAUGGGACUGCCUGGCUUUCCUGGGCCACCAGGUAUGAAAGGUCAUCAGGGUGAUCAAGGACCCAUUGGACCUCCUGGCUUGGUGGGGUUACCUGGAUUUCAAGGUGCAACAGGCAUGGCAAUUCCUGGCCAAAAAGGGAACAGAGGUAUUGCUGGUGCAGACGGAAGACCAGGUGCUCCUGGUUUUCCAGGGCCUCCUGGUCUUCCCACUUCCAGCAUUAAAGGAAGCAAAGGUGUUAGAGGGGCAGAUGGCAUACCAGGGCCAACAGGCCCAGCCGGCGACAUUGGUCCUCCUGGUCCAAAAGGAAUAGAAGGUCGAUCAGGUUAUCCUGGUGCCAGAGGGGACCCUGGAUUUCCUGGAUUCCCAGGUGUAAAAGGAGAAAAGGGUAAUCAAGGACCCCCUGGACCACAAGGUGCAGAAGGGCCAAGGGGACCAAAGGGUCCACCUGGAGUGCCUGGGAGAAUAUUCUCCAUCCCAGGAAGCAAGGGUCCUCCUGGACUGCCAGGAAUCCCAGGAACACCAGGUGAUCAAGGAAUUCAAGGGAUUCCUGGACUACAAGGACCUGAAGGAGUAAAAGGUUUACCAGGAAGUUUUGGUCGUCCAGGUCGACCAGGACUGCCUGGUCCAAAAGGAGACAGGGGAUUUCCGGGACAAAGAGGACCACCUGGACUGAUUGGCUUUCCAGGUCUACAGGGGUUACCUGGACCACCAGGUACUAUUAUUGCUGGUCCAACAAGAAGAGGUUUUAUCUUUACUCGGCAUAGUCAAUCGACGAAGAUUCCUUCAUGCCCACAUGGGACAUCACAGAUCUAUGUCGGCUAUUCGCUGCUUUUUGUACAAGGAAAUGAACGAGCACAUGGACAAGAUCUUGGAACAGCUGGUAGCUGCUUGCAGAGAUUUACCACCAUGCCAUUCUUAUUCUGUAACACCAAUGAUGUUUGUAGUUUUGCUUCUCGCAAUGACUAUUCAUACUGGCUGUCAACUGCAGCAGUAAUGCCAGUAGACAUGGCACCAAUUUCUGGCAGGGCACUAGAGCCCCAUAUAAGCAGGUGUGUUGUCUGUGAAGGAGCUGCAAUGGUAAUAGCAGUUCACAGCCAAACAACUGUAGUUCCUGCAUGUCCAGAAGGCUGGAUGUCUCUCUGGAAGGGUUUUUCUUUUGUUAUGUAUACAAGUGCCGGCUCAGAAGCUUCUGGCCAAGCAUUGGCAUCUCCUGGAUCUUGUUUGGAAGAAUUUCGAGCCAUCCCAUUCAUAGAGUGCCAUGGCAGGGGAACGUGUAACUACUACACAAAUUCCUACAGCUUCUGGUUGGCAUCAUUAAAUCCAAGAAGAAUGUUCAGGAAACCUCUGCCACAGACUUUGAAAGCAGGCGAACUGGAAAAUAUCAUCAGCCGUUGUCAGGUCUGCAUGAAGAGACCAGUCUAA